CCGCGUGAUGUUUAAGCCAAGGCUGCCAGCAUGUUUCCCGGGUGUUAAGAAGUAAACCACGCCACGCGAUGGCGAUGUGACGUCUGGGCCAGGUGUUGCUAUUGAUCAAUGGUCAGCGUUAGGCUCCAUUUUUUCCCUUCUUUUGUCUGUCCCCCUCUCCAGCUGAGAUGGCCUCGGAUAUAGGGGUGGAAACAGGGGCCUCUCGUUUUUGAGUGAUAAGAGAAACCGGUCCCGAUGUCCUUUGCGAGUGGUCUGUUCUUUUGCUCCUACCCUCUUCUUGUCAGCUAGCUGCAAUUUCAUCUGCUGGAGACAGAUUUUCUGCUUGUGAUCCAUACUAAAAUCUCGGACGGGCGACUGGAAUCCCAAGCAUCGACAGUAUCGACUCCAAGGAUCGUUCCGGACGGCAUCUGUCAUCAUGGCCUCCUCGACCCCGGCGGCAAAGCAAGCCGGCGGUCUUAACUCCGACACAAUCGAAUCCGUGCCCACGACCCAACCAGCACCUGCUGGCGCAUUGCAAGAGAAGGCGGCUCAGUUCCUGGCAGCUCACGGAGGCGGCGAUACUUCGUUCACCUAUGAAGAGGAGAAGGCUGUCUUGAAGAGAAUCAACCUCCGGGUUCUGCCCCUCAUUCUUGGGGCGUACUUCUUCCAGCAGCUCGACAAGAGUACUCUGAGUUAUGUCUCCGUCUUCGGGUUCCAGGAAGACGCAAACCUUCACGGCCGGCAGUACAGCUGGCUCGGCUCCAUCCUGUACAUCGCGCAACUCGUCUGGCAGCCCGCCGCCGCCUUCAUCCUCGUUAAGCUGCCCAACGGAAAGGUCAUCGCCGCCGCCAUCUUCCUGUGGGGCUCCUCGCUGGCGAUCAUGACUUCCUGCACCAACUUCGGCGCCCUCCUCGGGCUUCGCUUCGUGCUGGGCACAUUUGAAGCCAUGAUUGCGCCGUCGUGCCUCGCCGUGACGACCACGUGGUGGAGGCGGAGCGAGCAGACGCUGGUGACCAGCUCCUGGAACGCCAUGAACGGCGUCACCUUCAUCAUCGGCAGCCUCUUCACAUACGGUCUCGGUCAUAUCGAGAGCGACAAGCUCUACAAGUACCAAAUCAUCUUUCUGUUCUGCGGGCUGCUCACGGUGUCGUACUCAUUCGUCGUUCUUGUGUUGAUGCCUGACUCGCCCAUGUCAGCCAAGUAUCUGACAGAGAGGGAGAAGGUCAUCGCUGUCGAGCGGCUCCGGGCCAACCAGAUGGGCAUCCAGUCCGGGGUCUGGCGUUGGGAUCACGUCUGGGAGACAUUCACCGACCUGAAGACGUGGUGUUGGUUCGUUCUAGUCGUUGCCAUUUCCAUUGCUAGCGGCGGCAUCUCGACCUUUGGUAACUUGAUAGUCAAGUCUUUCGGCUACAGCAGCUUUCAGACCAUUCUAUUCAACAUACCCUUCGGCGUCAUUCAGAUCAUCGCCAUCAUGGGCAGCGGCUGGAUUGCCACGCGGACUCAGCGGAAGGGUCUCGUCAUUGCUGGCAUCGCUAUCAUUCCCGCCAUCGGCACGAUCCUCAUGCUCACGGUGCCACGUCAGCAUAAGGGCGUUUUGCUCUUCGGAUACUACCUCGUUUCUGCUCUUGCGGCCAUCACCCCUCUCAUUUAUAUAUGGCAAGCGCAAAACACUGCUGGCGACACCAAGAAGAAAACCACCUCUGCCGUUGUCUUCAUUGGCAUGUGCACUGGCAACGUCAUUGGCCCACUUCUCUACUCCGUCGAUGAUGCUCCGGUGUAUCGUCCCGGCUUGAUUUCUAAUCUAGUCAUGUUCAUUCUCGUCAUCUUCAUGGGAGCACUUCUUCCGCUUUAUCUCAAAUAUCUUAAUGUUCAGCAUUCCAAACGCCGCGAGGCCCUCGGGAAGAGUACCAACAUUGUAGACGAGUCGAUGAUGCGCAACAAGGGCGAAAAGGACAGCAAGGAGGUGGAGUUGGAAGAGGAUCCCCAGAGGCAGCAACGCAAAACUAUCGAGGAAGACCAUGGUCUACAGGAUAUGACCGACCUCAAGAAUGAGGACUUCAUCUUUGUUUACUAGCAAUUGUUCUUCUUCGUACUGGAAUGCCAUGGAGGAUGAUUAGCCAUUGUUGGUAUAUAGUCAAAGUCCAACCCAUAUUGGCCAUGUGCC